GAGGAUUUAUACAGCACUCAUAUUUGGUAGAGAUUCAAUGCAUCACACAGAUUAUAUCACUGAAUGAGUGAGAAAAUGUAUCAACCAAACACAAAAGAAGUAACCACUAUAUUAAAGAUGGCAGUGGCAUUUGUGAUUUGCAUGCAACUCCUAAAUGAAACCUUUUAAUUUUAAGGCAAAUGAAUCAGGGUCAAGUAACGCAAUGGAACUUGAUGGAGCCAAACGUUGCUUUCAGUACAUAAAGAAUGCUGGUUUGACAAUCACAACAUUCAUAAGUGAUCGGCACAAAGGAAUCGCAAAGUGGAUUCGUGAAUCACAGCCUGAAACCUCCCAUUUUAAUGAUUUGUGGCAUGUCUGCAAAGGUCUCACAAAGAAAAUCUUGAAAGGCAGCAAAGAAAAAGGCUUUGAAGUACUAAAAUUAUGGCUCAAGGGAAUACGUAAGCAUCUUUAUUGGUGUGCCCUUUCUACCAAGCAAGGCUUUGGUGAGUUGAUUGUUGCAAAGUGGAGAUCCUUGAUGCGUCAUAUUGCAAACAAACAUGAUGAACAUCCGAGUCAGUUAUACAACAAGUGUGCACAUGUUGAACUUGAACCACGUGAAUGGAUUCCAAUCGGUACACCUGCAUAUGACAAAUUACUCAAGAUUCUUUGCAACACAACCGCUUUAAAAGAUGUCCAGAGUCUAUCAUGUGAUGCCCAGACAAGCUGCCUGGAAGGCUUUCAUUCAACGUUAAAUCACUGGCACCCAAAAAUGGUUCACUUUUCUUGGCUUGGUACAUACUGCAGGUGAGAUCUCGGAUGUUAUAAUUUCAGCACAUGAGACAAUUGUGUGAUGUAAUUUUUUAUGUGGUUAUGUGGCGUGUUGCACCAAGAUAGUCUUGUUUGGUUAGUUCUAAAGAUUGAAAAUGGGAGAAGUUUUUAAAUAUCCAAACAAGAUGUCUUGACAUAGCAAGCCAAACAGUCAUUUAGAACAGAAAAAUGUAUUUUAUAUAGUUAAACCAGACGUAACACAUAAUGCAUCUUAUGUUUCAGACAUGUUUUGGCUAUUUCUCAUUUUAACGAGAAUCUCAAUCGUGA